ACAAUAUUACAGAGAUUUAAAUUGUAUGUACAUGAUACUUGACAAACCUUAUAAUCAACCACUCAUAUUAAGACACAUGUGACUUCAAACAUUCAAAAUAAAAAAAAAAAACAUAGAAAAAGGAAAAUUAUUUAAAAUCACCUUCUCUCCGAUGUCGGUCUGGUUAAUCAUAAACACGUCUCAACGAGAAUUUCUGAUUUUGUAAACCCUAAUUCUCUCCGCCGAUUCAAUCUCGCCACAUUUGUUCCGUGAAGAAUGGUGGAGAAUUCAGUAAAACCAUCCUCAAAAGACACAUUGGCAUCUUCUAGACCAAUGGCUAGAAACCUAAGAGGUGUUGGUGAUCUUGCAGAGGACUUAUCUCGUAUUAAUGAUGCUGAGUCUCUGUAAACAAACACAACAAUUGGUUCCUGGAAUGUGGCAAACCACGCCUAUUUUUACACAUGUUGCUGGUUAUCUAAAUACUACAAAAGAAUCUCUCCUGAUGAAGAUAGCAUGGGAGAUGAUGAACCCUGAGUACAAAAAAGGAACGCAGAGGAAACCUACUACUACAGUGAAAAAGAAAGAUCCUAUUAGUAAGACUGCUGCUCCUAGUAAGAAAACUUCUGCAACCACAACCCAAAGCAAUGCAGAAAGUGAAAAGAAAAAGAGACUUAGUGCAUAUAUCAAUUUGGACGUCUUGGAUAAGCUAUUUGAUGAUGAGAACUCUCCAAAGAGGACUAAGUUGGAGAAACCAGUUGGUGUUGGUGACCAAGUGAAAAAUUCACAGCAAAGAAGCGAAGAAAAAUGCCUUUUGGAACCUGAGGAUUUUGAAGAAGAAGAUAAACCGGUCUGGAACAAGGAUUACAGUACUGAAGAAGCUAAUGGAGGAGAGGACGAAUUCUAUGGCGGUGCUGAUCUUGAAUAUGAAGAUCAAGAUGAAGCAGAAUAUAAUGAAGAUAUUAUUUGGUGAUUUCAUCAUACAUUGUGAAUUGAUCUCAACAACAUUGAUUAUUAUUACUUUUUGGACAAAAUCUCUAAAAUUACAUUCAUCAUCUUUCCCUAUCUAAUAAAUGAAAAGCCUUCCACA